ACACAGUUCAAUUUGGACUCACGGCGGCAUGGCUGUAUUUUCCGAAUCGAAGCAAGCAUAUUCCGCUGCUGUCCGUCGAGGAGUGCUGGUGAAGAAACCGCCGCGCAACUAUUUCUUCUCCGCCAACUAGCAUUUCUUCUACGCAAAAGUGUACCAAACAUUGUAAAACUGAUUUCGCUUGUGUUUCGUGAAUUUGGGAAAUCGAGUGAACCUUUCCGUGUGUGUGCUGUGCCGUUAGGGGUAGCCAAAAGGGGCAGGUGCGGUUUGUUGACACCUUUGUUUACCUUUGCUGCUUGUUCGUGUGCGAGACAGAAGAGGAAGAAGUCGAACGCGCCCGUGUGUGUGACUGUGCGAACCAUAAAUCUCUGAUUCGAUGUUGCGAUGCUGAGCUUCUGCUGCCGUUUCGGUACACUUUCAACGGAAAAUUGGAUGUAAAGUGCCGGGGAAAACAGGAGUGAGCAGCCAACAAGUUAAGAGUCCUACAUGGACGGUGAGCAAUUGAAAAAAAAUGCACUUAGACCAGGAACACCCAUAAACACCGGCUUAACCGUCGGCUGUUGCUCUUUUUUACCGCACAGUUCCUGUCUGUGGCACCAAGGCCACGAAAAUUGGCGUACCUUAGAAAGAAAAAAAAAACUCACACUUACCUGUCUCUUCCGUCCCGUUGCCCAGUUCGGAGUGGGUUCGUGAACGGCGUCAAUUAAAAUUUUGCCCAGCUUGCCCUCAGCAGGCAUCAAACAUAGCAACAGCAACAUAGCCACACAUUCAUCAAUCGAUGGGUGUACCCGUGCGCGGUUAUGCUUGCUUGUGUUGGUCCGUGGUGCUGUGUGAACCAUCAUCAGAAGAACCGCACCGCCGCGGCGGUCCUGCCUCUCUGGGUAGCCGUUGAUCGUUUCCUUAACAACCGCGCGUGCUCUCUCCCUGUCUUUCUCAUUCUGGCUCUCUCGUUCUCUCUAUUUAUGUAUGAGUGUGAGUUUUCAUUCUGGCAGCAGCAGCAUCACCGUUCGCGCAUCAUCUCAGCAGCAUCCGCACGCGAAGGAGACGGCUGCACGCGAAUGGGAUAGGGGUGCGAACGGCCGUGCCGCGAAGAGUAGGAACACAGCACGCGCGCGAAGAAGGAGAGCAAAUCCGCUUUCCGUUCUUUUGCGCGAUUUGCGUGUUUUCGAUCAGUUCAAUCUCGGAGUGCGCCGAAGCUUUAGGCCCGUUUGAGUGUUUUUUCGACAAGCGUAUGUCUGAAACUCUCCCUAAUCGUGGUCGUACCUGCCAGUAACAACAACGAAACAAUUCAAAGCCAGUUGUGUAAUGAUUGCUGCCAGCCUGCUGGCUCAGAGUGCUGUGUAGCGGGUAGUACGAAAAAAAGUGAGCACAAAAAAUAAAAUUGCAAGGUGUGCAAUCGCGGUGGAUGGUGGUGUCGUGUAUGCAUGUGAGCGAGUGCGUGCUUGUAUUUGUUCUGCCACCGUUCGACGCCGAUAUCGGUUCCGUGCGCGAGUGCCGCGGUGCGCCUGUGCCAAGGGCCGUAAAACAGGCGGCGGCGGCCCGAGUUCGCCAAAGAAAAGCAAUCGCGCAAAGGUGGUGUUGCUGUCGUGCGGAAGCAAGGGGAGGUGGUGGAGACGGAGGAGGGCCGGUGGGCGGUGGUGUUGGUGCGUCCGGCGUCGGGACGCGCGACGUGACGAGCAAAAAAGGCGCCAGCAUGAUGUACGCCAGCGGGCGAAGUGAUCGUUCCCGUCCUGGCGUUCGUUCUGUCGCCGGCUGGGAGGGAGAGCAGGCGGCAGAAUAUCAUCUGCAAAAACAACAACCACAGCAACUACCAUUGCCACAACGACAACAACAGCGGCAACGCCAACGACAAGGCCAGCGAGAUGGUUGCGUCCGUGCGUCGGGGAUCGGUGGUCGGGCGCACGCCAACGCGCGACUGCUGGCUGCCGUUGGCACGCUGGCACUGCUGGCGGCCACGUCGGUGAUGGCGGUGGGGGGUGUGUCAUUGACCGGGCCCGACACUGCCAGUGUGCAAAUUUCAGGUGCAAGUGCAGCAUCGACCCGAUGGACGAAGGCCACCGAAACCGGUUCCGAUCAUCGACGGGUGCUCCGUUCGCUGCAGAACCCGGGACCGAAACAAACGUCCUUAGCAUCACCCGAGGAAGCACAAGUCACCUGUGCGCAGUCGCAAUUCACGUGCGUGAUGGAUGGCAAAUGUAUACCGGCCCUCUGGCGUUGUGAUACUUCCGCCGACUGUUCGGACGGCUCGGAUGAAGUCGGUUGUGAUAAGGCACAUGCGUGCAACGAAGGUAUGUUUCACUGCACGGUGUCCAAUCGGUGCAUCCCGCACGAUUGGAAGUGCGACGGUGACGUCGACUGUGGGCUGGUCGAGAAGUACGACAUGGUGGACGUGUCGGACGAGGAUCCCCAGCUGUGCCGGGCGCACACAAAGUGUCUCCCGACGCAGGCCCUUUGCAGCGAUGGCAAGUGUCUGGAGAUUGAUCGGUUUUGUGAUGGGGCGUGGGAUUGCAGCAACGACGAGCUGAACUGUUCCAGCAACGACACGGCAACGGCCAGCGCACCGACGAGUGCGUGCGAUGCGCUCAAGUGUUCCUACGACUGUCGGCUGACGUCCGAGGGAGCGAGAUGUUUCUGUGCCAAGGAUAGUCAGCCGAAUGGGAGCGUUUGCGAAGACUUCGACGAGUGCCAGAUCGAGGGACUGUGCGAUCAGAUGUGUAAAAAUCAACCAGGAGCGUACCAGUGCAGCUGUACUACCGGGUAUGUGAGGCAGGGCAACACGUGCACCGCUGUCAACUUGCCCAAGGACGAGCCAGCUUCCCUGUUCUUCACCACUUUCAACAAGGUAAAAAAAGUGUCCAUUAGCAACAGAACCAGUGUGCUGGCUGGAAACUUUCCCACAAAUGAAACCGUUGAGGAGGAAUAUCUCAAGCAACCGAACCCACGCAUCCGGGCGAUGGAAAUGGUGCAUCGAAAUCGCACGUUUUGUCUAGCCCGUAUCGACGGUAAAUCGCUGCUGGAGUGCUACAGCGUAGACAACACCUCACACAGCUGGGUUAUGCCGCGCCCGGAUCUGUUUCCCAAUCUCGAGGACAUCGUCGACAUUCGGCUCGACUGGGUGUCGGGCAAUUGGUACUAUCUGGACCAGCAGCGUGAAAUUAUCUUCGUCUGUUCGCCCCAGAUGGUACACUGUGCGAUCAUCGUGGAGGCCUUAUCGGAGGUGCUGCGGCCACGCCGGAUGGCUCUCGAUCCCACCAAAGGGUUUCUGUUCUUUUCCAAGUGGGGCAGCGGCGACGUGAGCAUCGAACGGUCGCUGCUCGACGGUACGAACCGAACCUCGAUCGUGCUCAACAAAAUCAUCACCCCGCUUGACAUCGCCCUCGAUCUGGUGAUGCAACACGUGUACUGGGUGGACACGCAUCUCGAUACGGUGCAGCGCGUGAACUACGAUGGCAGUGGCCGUUGGUUUCCCAAACGAAGCACCCAGUUCCUGUUCAACUUCCAGAUGCUGUACGCGCUCGAUGUGUUCGAGCGAACGAUCUAUCUCGCGUCCUGGCAGAAUGGUAGCAUUGUCGCGCUGAACGGUACUACGGGAGAGGCAAGAGUGAUCGUCCCGAACGCACCACAUGCCGUGCAUUUGCACGUGUUCCAUCGCCAAAAGCAACCGGAAGUGGCACAUCCGUGCCGCAUCCAGAACGGUGGCUGUGAUCAACUGUGCAUACCGGUGUGGAAGAAGAUCGGUGUAGCGAUUGCACAGUGCAUGUGUUCGCCGGGCUACCGGUUAAAGACAAAGUCGCAAUGUGUGCUGAUCAAACGGCCAACGUUUCUACUGUACGCCAAAUCGAAUCCGGCCAUGAUCCGAGGGUUUGCCGUUGACAUCAAGUCGCAGGAAGCGAUCGUUCCGAUCACAGAUCUGGGCCCCCACAUCACCUUCGACUACCACCUGGAAGAUCAGCUCAUCUUCUUCUCUCAUGGCGUUAUAGACAAGCCAUCGUUUCGCAUCGAGGCACAGAAGCUGGACGGUACGCAGCGAGAGCUGCUGCUGGAAAGUCCUGGGUCGUGUGACGGCAUUUCCUAUGACUGGUUGGGAAACAACAUCUUUUGGACCGAUUCGGACAGAAACCACAUCUCGGUCAUCAAGCUAGGCCCAAAGCGAAUGCGCUACACCGUUCUGCGGCGGCUUUAUGCACCCAAGUCUAUUGUGGUGGAUCCAAAGCAAGGCUGGAUGUACUGGUCGUCGUGGUCAGUUCCCAGUGGACGUAUCGAUCGUGCCUGGAUGAAUGGAACUCAGCCAGAACUGCUGGUGAGCAGCAAGGAACGUCCAAUCGAAUGGCCAACGGGGCUUUCGAUAGACAUGAUACAGAAGCGGUUAUACUGGUGCGACGCACGGCUUAGUUUCAUCGAAAGCAUCAACCUAGACGGAAGCAACCGAGUGCUGCUCUUCGACGGACGAUCACAGAAUCAAUUCCCCGUCGCUCUAGCCGUCCACCGUCAGUUGCUUUACUUCGCCGACAAUGUAAAGGGACACAUCGAAAAGCUAAACUUAAGCGAUCCCCAUUUGCUGGAAACAAUUACGAUAGAGAAACCUCAGGUGCUGGGGCUAAAGAUUUUCGACAAUCUCACCCAGUACGGUGGGAAUGGACGAAAUGCAUGCGAGAUCGAUUGUCCGGGAAUCUGUCUAAAUACUCCGGUAGCCGUUGCCAGCUGCAAGUGUGAAGAUGGGCAGGUGCUGUCGCUGUCCAGCGAAGGAAAGCCUGUCGCUUGUGUGCCGUUCGAUUUGCAGCACUCGCUGGCAUCCUGUAACAAUAGCACACAUUUCUUGUGCCGCAACAAGAUUGACUGCAUCGAGAUUAAGUACACCUGUGACGGUGAUCGCGACUGCGAGGAUGGCAGUGAUGAGGAAACCACACCGGACGGGCCCUGCGAUCCCAACUGUGAUCUGGAGCGCAACUUUAAGUGCGACGAGCAGCGAUGCAUUAGCCGGUCACACGUUUGCGACGGUUCGGUGGACUGUAUUGACGAGAGUGAUGAAGAUUACAUCAACUGCCCGAACAAAACGUGCAGCGAGCACUUCUUUCAGUGUGAGGUCAGCCAUCGAUGCAUACCGAACACGUGGGUCUGCGAUCGACAUCUCGACUGUGGGCCGAAUGACAGCUCGGACGAGCCAGAGCACUGCCACAAAUGUCCAGAGUUUGAGUGUAAGAACAGUGCCUGUGUGCCGUUUGAGUUUCUGUGCGAUGGAGUUGACAACUGUGGUGACAAAUCCGACGAAUCACAGUGCGAUGUGGACUGUGGUGUAAAUGAGUUUUUCUGCAGUCCGCAUGGUUGCAUCGAUCGUUCGCUAAUGUGUGACCCGAAACUCAACUGUUUAAAUGCAUUCCACGAGUGUGACAAGUUGCAUAAGGCUGGAUCGAACGGAACCACCCAAUCCAGCGUUCCGGUUCGCUCGGAACCAGAGCUGAAGGAUCUUUGCCGGCAGGAUCUUAGAAUAGUGUGCGGUUUGGACAAGCAGUGCGAAGAAAACUAUAACCGUGUAUGCCAACGCAUGGAGUUUGCACCGUUCAACGAAACGAUGGUCUGCCAUCAUCCUGAUCGGCUGUGCAGGAUCACAAACCAGUGCAUAAAAGUGACACAACUGUGCAACGGUCGCACAGACUGUCCCGAUGGCACGGACGAAGGCUUUCGCUGUGCAGAGAAACUGUGCGAUGCUCCCAACGACUGUUCGCACGCGUGCCAUAAUGCUCCGGAGGGUCUGAUAUGCUCCUGCCCGGCUCAUCUAUUUCUGCAACCGAAUGGGCGUGACUGUGGUCACGAUCAUGCCUGUGAUAAUUGGGGCACUUGCUCACAGAUUUGCACGAAAGCAGGGACGCACUAUCGCUGUGGGUGCGUCGAAGGCUACACGCUGAUGUACGACAAGUUUACAUGCCGCAGCAACAACGGUGAUUCACCGUACGUUAUAUUUAGCAAUCGGCAGGAGAUUCUCGGCGUCGAUCUGAACACACUUGGAGUGAGAAGCUUCUACACGUCGUUGCGCAACACGAUUGCUUUAGACUUUCUUUACCGCAACGAAUCCGUCCAGAUCUUCUGGUCGGACGUGAUGGAUGACAAGAUCUAUCGCGGCACACUGAGGAACGACACUUUGAGCAAUGUCGAAGCGGUAGUUCAAUCUGGCCUGUCGACGGCCGAAGGACUUGCGGUCGAUUGGAUUGGAAUGAACAUCUACUGGAUCGAUUCCAAUCUCGAUCAGAUCGAGGUGGCCAAAACUAAUGGAAGCUUCCGAAGAACGCUUGUCGCCGGGGACAUGGUAAACCCCCGUGCGAUCGCUCUUGAUCCCAUGGAAGGUGUCCUCUUCUGGACGGACUGGGAGGAGGGUUCGCCCCGGCUGGAACGCUGCACAAUGGCCGGCGAGAAUCGCACGGUAAUCAAGUACGUCGGUUCGGACGGAGGUUGGCCGAAUGGAAUCGCGCUGGACUACAUUCCAAGGCGAGUGUACUGGAUUGACGCACGGUCGGAUUCAAUCCACACCAUUACAUACGACGGCCAGGAUCACCAUCUGGUGAUCAAGGAUCAGGGUGUGCUGGCCCACCCAUUCAGUAUUACCGUGUUCGACAACUACGUGUACUGGACGGACUGGCGAACGUACUCCGUCAUCCGGGCGAACAAAUGGAACGGCACGGACGUAAAUGUGAUACAGAAAACGCAAAGCCAACCGUUUGGAAUUCAAAUUCUGCACUCCAGCCGACAGCCCAACACGCAGCCGAAUCCCUGCGCCGAUAACAAUGGAGGCUGCUCUCAUCUGUGCCUGCUUAGCGUUGGAUCGCGUCACGAGUGCGCCUGUCCGCACGUUAUGCGCCUGCACGAGGACCGAAGGCAGUGUGUGCCGAACGAGGAGAUUUUGCUGUUUGUGGUGCUGACUGAAAUUCGGGGCGUCGAUCUGCAACAACCCGCCCACUACACGAUUCCGACUAUUAGCCACCAGACGCAGGUUGUGCAGCCGGCCGUACUGGACUACGAUAUCAGUGCGGCGAGGUUGUAUUGGAACGACAUACAGUUGAACGAAAUUAAAUCAUCCGGAUUGGCGACGGGCCCGAUCGAAACCAUUCUCGAUACGGAUAUUUCCAACUCGCUCGGCUUUGCAGUGGAUUGGAUCUCAAAGCUGCUCUACUUUUCCACCGGCAAUGAAACGCACAGCCGCAUCAUGGUGAGCAAUCUGAAUGGCGAAUUUGUGACGGAAAUUGCAGACGGUUUGUCCGUGGUGAACAGUCUCGUUGUCUAUCCGACAAGAGGCAUGAUGUACUUUGCAACGAUGAGCGAAGUGCCGAAACUUUACGAGCUUUAUGCCAGCCGAAUGGAUGGUUCCGAGCGACAGCUGAUCAGCAAUUCAACUUUCCACCCGAUCGAUAGCUUGGCGUUAGAUUUCGAAACCAAUCGGUUGUACUACAUUUCAUCAAAUGCGGGCGAAAUCAACUACUACGAUAUCGGAAGUGGCAAGAUCAUUCAAGUGCUUGCGCCGCACGAAGAUAACCAUCCGAUUAGCACGAUCACGAUUUACCGCGAUUCGAUCUAUUACGACGAUAACCACGAUGGUCGCAUUAUGCGGUGUAACAAAAAUCUAUGCCAAAAUCCUGUCUCCGUGCGGAACAACACAAGCGGCCUGAACGCAAUCCGCAUGUACCAUCCCGGGGCGCAGAGUGGCACCAACUCGUGCCAGAAGCGAAACGACAAAUCGGCCGGAACCGGUUGCGAACAUUUGUGCAUUCCCGUGUCCGCGCAAAGCCACGUGUGUCGCUGUGCGAUUGGGUACAGGAGCGAUCCACGCAAUGCGUGGCGAUGCAUAGGAUUGGAUGACAUUUUGGUGUACUCCGUGGGCCAUCAGCUGAAGGGUAUUGCGCUAUCCUCGUCGGACGAAAGCACCGGCUCCUUGCGCAAUCGUGACUCCCUUGGUCCGCUGCAGCAAAUUUCGCUAGCAACCAGCAUUGACUUUGAUGUGGCGCAUGAUUACGUGUACAUUGCCGAUACCGACCGCGGAUCAAUCACGCGCAUCAAGCGUGACGGUAGCGCAAGGGAGGUAAUUAUUAGCAAUUUCGAGCAGGUGGUCGAUGGCAGCACACUCGACUGGCUGGGGGGAAUUGCGAUCGAUUGGGUAGCGGAGAACAUUUACUGGACCGAUCAGAAGCGCAACCUGAUUGAGGUGGCUCGCCUGAACGGAACGCUACGGUACGUGGUCGCCUCUGACGUGGAAAGUCCGCAGCUGCUGGCAAUCGAUCCGAUUCAGGGGUAUCUGUUCUACGUAACUCGCGGUACGAUCGGUCGCAUGGGUUUGGACGGUUCGGGUAACUUUAUCCUAGUGAAUCGCUCCUCCGCCAUAAGCGAUCUUGCACUGGAUCUCGAUAAUCAGGUAGUGUAUUGGUGCGAAACCAGCACCGACACGAUCUGGAAGGUGGACUACGAUGGUAACUUGAAACGCUUGCUGCUGAACGGUACCUCGCACAAUCCGAAAUCGCUCGACCUGUUCGGUGACAGCAUCUACUGGGCAGAUUCGCGCGGCAACAUCUACGAGGCGGGCUUGAGCAACAUCUUCAACUACCGCAGUGUCGUGGAAGCGUUAGAAGUGUCGUCGCUGAAAGACAUCAAGGUUUUCUCCAGCCGCAAGCAAAGUAAAACGAACGCGUGCGGCGUGUCGAACGGAGGCUGCCAAGAGCUGUGCCUGUUCAACGGUACGCAUCCCAUUUGUGCCUGCUCGCAUGGUAAAAUCUCCUCCGCCGAUUUGAAGACGUGUGAGCCGUAUGAAAACUUUUUAAUCUUUUCCCGCCAAUCGGCCAUCGAAAGUAUACACAUGACGGACGCGAACAACAUUAACGGGCCCAUUCCGGAGAUCAAGAAUGCUUCCUACUUGAAGAACACCAUAGCAUUGAGCUACGACUACGAGCAGCAGCUCAUUUUCUACUCCGACAUCGAUCACAGCACGAUCAAUUGCGUGUUUUUCAAUGGCACGAACCAUCGCCGCAUCGUGACGAAGCAGCUAACCGUGGAAGGGUUGGCAUUUAACGUGCUUACCCGUGUGCUGUUUUGGACGUCGAACAACGAGGCUGCCAUACGAUCGCUUGAUCUGAACAACGCAUCCCUCACGGAUCCAGCUGCCAAUGCGGAGCUGGUGCAGGAUGUGAUAAAGCUACGGGCGACGGACAAACCGCGCGGGAUUGCCGUCGAGCCAUGCCUGGCGAUGGUGUACUGGACCAACUGGAACCAGCACGCUGCCUCCAUACAGCGUGCCUACCCGUCCGGCUAUGGGCUGGAAAGCAUCAUCACGAGCGACAUCCAAAUGCCGAACGCGCUGACGCUCGACUACCAAGCGCGCAAGCUUUACUGGGCCGACGCACUGCUGGACAAGGUCGAGCGUACCGAUUACGACGGAAAGCACCGGGUGGUGCUGGCCCACUCCACGCCCAAGCAUCCGUUUGCGCUGGCCGUGUUCGGGGAUUUACUCUUCUGGACGGAUCUAACCGUGCACGCGGUCAUACGAGCGAACAAAUACUCCGGCAGCGACAUUGUGCUGCUGCGCCGCGAUAUCGCCCAACCGAUGGGAAUUGUGGCGGUGCAGCAAAUCGACAAGGAAUGCUCGGCCGAUCCGUGCCAGGUGAUGAACGGGUUCUGCGAAGAUGUGUGCCUAAUCGAUGCAGCUGGCAAGGUGGAAUGUCACUGCACGCAGGGUGUGUUGGCGGCCGAUGGACAGCGGUGCAUUCCGAAGUCGGUGAGCAACUGCUCGUCGUCCGAGUUCACCUGCACCAAUGGCAACUGCAUACCGUUUCAUCUGACGUGCGAUGGUGUCAAGAACUGUUUGGAUGGGUCGGAUGAGCUGGCGACGUUUUGUGCUCACCGGCCCUGUCCGGACGGCUUUUUCCGCUGCAACAAUGCGCGCUGCAUUCCGAAGAACCAGCAGUGCAACCACAUACAGAACUGCGGCGAUGGAAGCGACGAGGUAGGAUGCAGCUGCAACAACGCAACGCACUUCCGCUGUGCGGACGGCCAGUGCAUCGUGAAGUCGAUGCGCUGUGACUACGAGCCCGACUGUAAGGACGUGUCGGACGAGAUCGGCUGCCCGGUGAUGCGCAACUGCACGGAAGGGUUCGUCAACUGCGUCAACACGACCGGCUGCUAUAUGCCGACGUGGCGUUGCGACGGCGAGAACGAUUGUUGGGACAACUCGGACGAGCAGGACUGUCCCACGGCCAUCCCGACCUGUCCGGAGGAUAAGUUUUUGUGCGCAAACGGGCGCUGCAUACCGCAGUCCUGGCGCUGCGACGACGAGGACGACUGUACCGAUGCGACCGGCGGCGGUCUGAGCUCGGACGAGCUGGCAUGUGUCAAGCACUGCAAACCGAACCAGUUCAAGUGCACCAACACGUCCGAGUGUAUCUCAAACAGCUGGCAGUGUGACGGCCAUCCGGACUGUGCCGAUGGGUCGGACGAGGGCGAUCACUGCUCGAGGCGCGACUGUCCGGAGACGGAAUUCCAGUGUCCGACCACGAACCGGUGCAUCCCGCAGAAGUGGGUCUGCGACGGUGAGGUCGAUUGCGGCGCCACGCAGGACGAUGAGAUGGGCUGUGACGAGAUGAUGGUGAACGAGUGCGACAAGACGUCGUUCACGUGCAAGAACGGAGAGUGCAUCAGUCUGCUGCACGUGUGCGAUGGUGAGCAGGACUGUGUAGAUGGUUCGGACGAGCCGCUGUACUGCAAGGAGGGCGACGAUGGGUACGACGAAGAGGAGGGAGCCGGUGUGGACGACCAUCUGUGCGUGGAGCCGGAUCAUUUCCGCUGCAACAAUGGCCGAUGCAUCGAGCGCAAUCUCACCUGCAACGUGAACGAUGACUGUGCGGACGGGUCGGACGAGGACAUACGGUUGUGCCGCAAUACGACGCUGAUCUGCGCCGGGCCGGAUCUGUUCCGGUGUGAGAGCGGCGCCUGCAUCACGAGCAACAUGCUGUGCGACGGUGCGAACGACUGUGGCGAUUGGAGUGACGAGAAGUCGUGCCAGGUCAAUGAGUGUGAGAUGAUCCCGGAUCUGUGCACGCACGAGUGCGAAGAUCGUCCGGUAGGGUAUGAGUGCGUCUGCCGGAAGGGUUUCCGGGUGAACGUGAACGACAAGCAUCUGUGCGUGGAUGUGGACGAGUGUACGGAGCAGCAGCCGCGCCCCUGCACCCAAACGUGCGUCAACACGCACGGAUCGUACCACUGCACGUGUCUGGACGGGUUUGUGCUGCGUGACAACGAUACGUGCCGUGCCGAAGGCGACCACAUCCUACCACCGAAACUCAUCUUCUCGAACCGCUACUACCUGCGUGAGGUGGAUCUGAGCGGCGGUAUGACGAUAUUGGCCCACAAUCUGACCAACGCCAUCACGCUCGACUUUGACUGGAAGGACGAGUGUUACUACUGGUCGGACGUGACGCGCACCGUCACGACCGUUAAGCGCAUGUGCGAAUCGGGGGAGGAAAAUCGCCCCGUCGAGGUGAUCCAUCGAACGAAUCUGAAAAACCCGGAAGGCUUGGCGGUCGACUGGGUGGGACGCAAUUUGUACUGGUGCGAUAAGGGUCUCGAUACGAUCGAGGUGUCCAAGCUGGACGGACGCUACCGGCGGGUGCUGAUCAAUAAGGAGCUGCAGAAACCGCGCGCGAUUGCGCUGGAUCCGUACCGGCGGUACAUGUACUGGACGGACUGGGGCGAUCAGCCGCACAUUGGACGGGCUGGUAUGGAUGGAAGCAACCAGACGAUCCUGAUCAAGGAGCAGCUCGGCUGGCCGAACGCACUCACGAUCAGCUUCGAAACGAACCAGCUGUUUUGGGGUGACGCACGGGAGGACUACAUCGCCGUCAGCGAUCUGGAUGGGCAGAACGUGCGCAUCCUCCUGUCGCGUGCGCGCCAGCCGACGCUGAACCUGCACCACGUGUUUGCCAUUGCCGUGUGGGAGGAUCGCAUCUACUGGUCGGAUCUGGACUCGAAAUCGAUCGAGUACUGCCACAAGUUCCGUGGCGACGGGUGCGGCACGCUCAUCAACACCAUCCAUCGGCCGAUGGACAUUCGCGUCUUCCAUUACUACCGCCAGCUGCAGCCCGAGGUGAACCCGUGCGAUACGGCCGGCUGCCAGACAUUGUGCGUGUUGUCGCCCGACCCGCCCGGCUAUCGGUGCCUCUGCCCGGACAACUUCAUCCUGACGGCGGACGGCAAAAGUUGUGCUGCCAACUGCUCGGCCGCACACUUCCAGUGCCGCACCACGUUCAAGUGCAUUCCGUUCUACUGGCGCUGCGACAAGCAGGACGACUGCGGCGACGGUAGCGACGAACCGCCGAACUGUCCCACGUUCACCUGCGAAGCCGGGCAGUUCCAGUGCCUCAACAAGCGAUGCAUCAAUCCGAGCCAAAUCUGUGACGGUGUCGACCAGUGCGGCGAUCUGUCGGACGAGCGCGACUGCGAUCGGUUCGAGUGCUUCAGCUCGCACUUUAAGUGUGGCCCGUCGGCGGCGAAAAACACGAGCGGCUUCUGUAUCGAGGGUGCCCGGCGCUGUGACGAAGAGGUCAACUGCCCGAACGGUGAGGACGAGCAGAACUGUGAGCCGAAGAACUGUACCGCCACCCAGUUCCGGUGCGCCAAUGGUGGCCGGUGCAUCGACCGCACGUGGGUGUGCGACAACGUGCCGGACUGUCACGACGGGUCGGACGAGCAGGUCUGUGGCCCGGCCACCACCUGUCCCGAGCACGAGUUCCGCUGCAGCGAGGGCCGCUGCAUUCCCCAGUCGUGGCUGUGCGACGACGAGAAGGACUGUGCGAACGGGGAGGAUGAAACGGAGAACUGCCAAAAGCCGGAAGCGAUCACGUGCGAACCGACGAGCUUCCGGUGCAACAAUUCCAAGUGCAUCCCGGGACGGUGGCGGUGCGAUUUCGAGAACGAUUGCGGCGAUAACUCGGACGAGCUGAACUGCGAGCUGCGCAACUGUUCCGAGUCGGAGUUCCGGUGCCGCGACGGUCACUGCAUACGCGGCAUUCGGCGCUGCGACAACGAGUUCAACUGUGCCGACCACAGUGACGAGGAGAACUGCAACGUGACGUGCAGCGAGGAGCAGUUCAAGUGCAAAAGCCAUCCGGCCUGUAUCAGCAACAAAUUCAAAUGCGACGGUGAUAACGACUGUAUCGACGAGUCGGACGAGGAGGACUGCGAAUGCCAGGAGGGCGAGUAUCGGUGCAACAACGGCAAGUGCAUCCUGAGCAGCUGGGUUUGCGACGGCAUCGACGACUGUCUGGACAAUUCGGACGAAAUGGGCGAAUACUGCAAGGAACACGGCUGCAACAAACGGGCCUUCCGCUGUGCUAACCGUAACUGCAUACGGAAGAGCUUGAUGUGCGACAACAAGGACGACUGUGGCGACAAUAGCGACGAAAAGAGUGCCCUCUGCCACAAGUGUCCACCGAACUCAUUCCGCUGCAACAGCGACUCAAAGUGCAUCGACAUUGCACUGCGCUGCGACCAAACGCCCCACUGCUUGGACGAGUCGGACGAGAUCGGCUGCAUCAAGACGGGCUGCGGGUUCGGGGCGUGCAGUCAGCUCUGUAUUGAGAAGAAGGGACACUACACCUGUCGCUGUGCGGAGGGCUACGUGAAGGGUGGCCCCGGCCGCAAUGCGACCUGCGUUGCGGUGGACGAGCAGGGCAUACUGCUCGUUGCGUCGGAGUCGGAUUUCCGCAGCCUCUACGCGGACACACCGGUUAUGGGGUACCUGCAGACGUCCUCGCUCAAGAUCGAUCGGUUCGAUUUUGCCAUCACGCGCCACAACAUCACGCUCUUCUGGAUCGACAGCUACGACACUAGCAUCAACAAGAUACUGAUGGACACGACGGUCAAGGAUGGGGGCGAUUACUCACGCUCGCCACCGGUCGAUAAGCGAAAGAUCGUUCGCCGGGGUCUGGGGCCCGCACCGGCCCCUCCGUCCUACGAUCGGAUUAAGACGCUCGACGGCAAACACUCGUCGGUGGUGCUGAAGGACGAUGAAAUCCAUCCGAUCGCGAUCGCGUGCGACUGGCUGACCGAGCGGCUGUAUAUGAUCAACAAAAAGCGCAGCAACAUUUUCGUGAUGAGCUUCAACGGCACCAACCACACGACGCUGACCGCCACCGGCAAGCAUCCGAUCGAUCUGGUCGUCGAUCCGGUGAGCGGAAUGAUGGUGUGGUCGAUCAUGGAAACGAUCAUCAGCUCGGGAAUGGACGGACGGGGCAAGCAGAAGCUGGUGCACACGAACGUUGAGUGGGCGUCCGGGUUGGCCAUCGAUACGACCACGAAACGGUUGUACUGGGCCGAUUACAGGAAGUCGACCAUCGAAACGUGCCUGCUGCUGACCGGCGGCGAUCGACACGUGAUCGCCGAGCUGCACGAUUACUCCAAACCGAAGCUGCUCGAUGUGUUCGAGGACAGCGUGUACGUGAUACUGUACAACCAGAACAUUCUGAAGCUGAACAAGUACGGCCGGGACAAUGGAACGUACAUGAACGAGGAGGCCCGCGGUGCCGGUGGUUUGGCCGGGUAUCGUUCGUCGGACGUGCACUUUAUUCAUCCAUUGAAACACGAUCGUAGUGUUCCUAAUCCAUGCAUUAUAUCGCCGUGCCACAAUUCGACCGUUUGCUUGCUUUCUACGGUAAGUCGGCUGAAGCGAGCCUGCGUCUGUCCGGACGCCCGGCCUCGAAUAGUGUUCGACGAGCGGGGCGAAGUGAAGGAGUGUCUUGAACUGCCGGCCCAAGCGCCAGAAUGCAAGCUGCACUGCAACAACGGGACCUGUUUCAUCGACACGGACGGCCAGCAGAAGUGCAAGUGCUCGGCCAGCUUCGAUGGCAAGUACUGCGACCAUUACAUCUGCUCCGGCUACUGCAAGAACAAGGGCUUCUGCGAGCUCGUUAACGGCGAGCCGCAGUGCACGUGUCUGCCGCAGUGGACGGGCAAGCGGUGCGACAUCUCGACGAACAAAUGCCAACGCUACUGCCACAAUGGGGGCAACUGCACGAUCGUGCAGCGCGACGGAGGGUCGCUUAGCUGCAGCUGCCCGGUCGGCUACACGGGAGAGCAGUGCGAGCACUGUUCGAAUUUGCGGUGCGAAAAUGGCGGCGUGUGCCGCAAGACGACCACGGACCGCAGCCAGUGCCUGUGCGCGGAAGGGUACGUGGGCCGGAACUGCGAAAAGAACGUGUGCACGGAGUUCUGCGAGAACGGGGGCGAGUGUACGAUCGAGCGGGGUGCGGCAAAGUGCAGCUGCCCGGAAAAUACGUACGGCGAGCGAUGCCAGCUGCGCCAGUGUGCAGAUCUGUGCCGGAACGGCGGAGACUGUGUGCCGGGCGAGCGGCCAUACUGCAAGUGCCGGCAGGGAUACGAAGGCCCGUACUGUGAGCACGAUCUGUGCGAAUUGCCGGAAGGAACACGUCCAAGCUACUGUUCUACCAUACGACCGACUACGGAACCUUCCGCACAUCCACCGUCCAGUUCGUGCGGUUCCUACAGCUGCAACAACGGUGGCCACUGUUUGGAGGUUCGCGGCAAACCGAUUUGCAACUGCACGAUGCAGUACGCGGGCGAGCAUUGCGAAAAUUACGUCAUGUACCUGAACCCUUGUAACCGGUUCUGCAUGAACAAUGGCAUCUGCCAGCUGGAUCUCGGCUUCUUCUCGUCCAACGUUACCUACAUCCCGUCGUGCGUGUGCAUCGGCGAAUGGACGGGCAAGAAAUGCGACCUACCGCCGCGCUGUGUCGGCGAGUGCGGUACCUGCAUCGAGGGCAGCUCGAUAAACGAGUGCAUCUGCGACGACAACCCCGUUCCCUAUCCCUGCCAGCAGGUGGUUUCGCUCAGCGAGCUCGAGCGUAUGGAAUCGAACGAUUCGAGCUACACCCUGUCAGUGCUGGCGAUCGCGCUGUUUGUCAUACUGAUCGUGGCGGCCGGCUUCGGCGGUACCAUCUACGGGCUAAGAAGAAGACGCACCGGACAGCCGUUCCUGCACGCGCGCCUGACAGACAAUGUGGAAAUAACGAACCCAAUGUACCUGGGCGAUGCCGACGAAGGGCCAGCAUUCGUGCACGAGGACGACAAGGUUCACUUUGGCAAUCCGGUAUACGAACAGAUGUAUGCCGGCAGCGUGAACGUGCACAGCGACUCGUCAACGAUCGCGGGCAACAGCGCACAUCCGCUGCUGACCACCAGCUCCACGGCACCGGAGGAGAAGAAGGGUCUGCUGCAGCAUCCCCAGGAGGACACGAUCGCGGCCGAUUUGUUAUGAUGCAAAACAAAAUAGUAGCAGUUGCUGAAGCGACGAUUUUAAAACGACACACACCGUCGUUGAAAACCGUCGCACAGGCAGGAAUGCCACCGCAGCACGCUAGCUACUAAAGCGCAACGCCAGUCCCUGGGAGACAGGGGGAGGGUACUAAUUGUUUUAGUAACCCGUUUUUCCUCAACGUCAACUGAAACGGCUAUAACAGAAGCCACAAAACUCAAACGAAAAUCGCAUCACCACGAGCUUUAAUGAAAUGAUUUUGUAUUUAACGUUCCAUGGUUAAGUUUAAUUCCUAAGACAACCACCCAAGGGUGCAAGAAAACGUGUCGAAACAGACAGGGGCAGGGUAGAAACGUUUACAAUAAGCCUGAUAGAAGAGAAACUUGUGCUCUCUCUCUCUUCCUCUUUUUCCCGCUUUCAAGCUAGACAGUUGAUUUUAGUUUUUUAUUAUUAUUUUCAACAGCUUAUCAUCAGCAUCAGCAAGUAAGAAACGAGGCAUCGGAAGAGCUUUAUUUUGAAUUAUUCGCCAUCCUUGAGGCAGCAGAAUGAAAAAAACACUCAAGACACUAACAAUAAUAGACAUAGUUAAGCUAAUUGAAACGAACCUAAUGUGCAACCGAAUAACCGAAUGUUGAGUGCGAUGUGCAACGCCAUAGACAAAGAGAGAGAGAGAGAGAGAGAGAGAGAGAGAGAGAGAGAGAGAGAGAGAGAGAGAGAGAGAGAGAGAGAGAGAGAGAGAGAGAGAGAGAGAGAGGGAGAGGCAGAAGAAAAAAUGUGCAACCGUUGUUGUGAAUUAGUUUGCACAAUAAUAUGCAUCGACCGACAAAUAAUAAUACAACGAUACUGGGGAGACGGGCAAGCCGGAAGAGAGUGUGUUUGUACAGUUAAUUGUUUUUGUUUAAUCGUAUCUCUCGCUUUACACGAUUACACACACCCAACCAUGCUUAGUAAACGAGGCAGCGCGCUAGAUAAUAGAUAAAAAGGUGCCGCAGUCGCAUACAUAUACGCUAGGAAGAAAGGAGAGGAAAACGUGAACAAAUCAGUAGGAUUAUAUUAUUUUUUUUUUUUUUACUAAAAAUGGCUGUUGUGGUAUUGUGUUUGUUUUACUUCCUUUUUACGUAACUAAGCACGCAAAAAUGCAUUAACACAUGGUGAGAGACGGAAGGUGUAACCGGAUUGUAGUGUAGUGUACUAAGGCCGCUAUAGAGAUUGUUUUGUUACUACUCGGCUGUUACGAAUAGCGAAGGGGGAGGGAGGGAGGGGGCCCUUAGCGAAAGCAAAACAUAAAGCAUGCAUUUUGAUACUAGCUUAAUAAAAGCAAAAUGCAAACAUGCUAAAGCGAA